AUGAACACCAUCAUCUCUGCAGGUGGAGAGACGGAAAGAACCGAAACGGAAAGGUUCCAAGAUUCCUUUAACUUUGAGGCCAGAAUAAAAACCCCGCAGUCGCAGUCACAGUCACCGCAUUUGCAGAGAAAGAGAUCCGAGCACGGCUUGGCUGAUGAACAUGAACAUCAACAGCCUGAUGAUCCUGAAGAGUUGUCAAGCCUACGAGGUGAAUACCAGACUUGGGAGGAGUACAAUGAUGUCGUCGGAAACAAGCGACGCCCCCCUCUAAAUAGGAAGGAGUGCGAUGCUUCGCCUCGCUUUACUCCAUCCAAAUCUUGA